CUCAUGUACUGUAUUCCUAAAAUUUAAAGCCUGAAAUUUAAAAGCAUUUUUGUCUUUUUUUAGACAGUUUGGUAAGUAUAGAACAGCUGAUAAUUAAGAAUACAGUCUGUUGUUUACAUAACAUUUUAAUUCUAUUGCAUAAUUAGAUUGCUAAUCAGUAUAAGCACUGAUAAACUAUCACUGUGCAACAGUGGUGGCGCCUCUAGACUACCGUGCGGUGUGGCAGUUCAGGGAUAUGAUCAUCUGUACCAACCCUGAUAGCUGGCCUAUACUGGAUUACGUAGACUAUGGAUGCUACUGUGGACUAGGAGGCUCAGGCACCCCGGUGGAUGAACUGGACAGGUGCUGUGAGGUGCAUGAUCAGUGUUAUUCUGACUCAUGGCAACAUGAAGACUGUUGGGGUAUCUUAGACAACCCCUACACUGAAGUCUACUCAUUCUCAUGUGACAAAGCGGCAAAGAAAGUCACCUGCAAUGCUGACAAGAAUCGCCCCUGUGAGAUGUUCAUCUGUGAAUGUGACAGGAAAGCAGCCGAAUGCUUUGCAAAAGCGGAUUACAACCCAGAAAACGAGCAAUAUCCUAGUGAAAACUGCAAAUGAACUGAAACUCAGUAAAGGUUUAGGAUUGUCCCUAAAGUCUCAUUAAAGAUAGCAAUGGUAUAUCAUGUAACAGUUAUUUUUUUUGUUUAUGCCAAUUGAUAUUUAAUUCAUUUAGUCAUAUAUAUUUAGUCAUUUUGCAGACGCUUUUAUCCAAAGCGAAUUCAUAGCAGACACAUUCUUUAAUGUUAUAUGCAAAUUCAUGCAAUUAAAAUUUAAUUUUUUUUAUAUUUCAGUCUUUUUUUUCCAGUAAAGAUGUAAAGUUAGAUAUGUAGUAUUAUAUAUUAAGACUUCAGAGGAUACAGUUCCUUGUGAAAAUAUUCCCCUUCAUUUUUACACAUUUUGU